AUUGCCAGGCAUCUCUGCCUUCCAUUCUUCUUUGUCUAGCAACUUCUCGAUCUCUGUCGUCCAGACUACUUAGAAGGAAAGGAAAGCCUACACUAUAUAUAAAGGUCUCAAUUUUCCUUUUGUAUUUCAUAUUUUGGGGUUGUUUUCACUACCAACCACCCAAUAUUUCUCUCUCGUGGAUUCCCUAAGCAUGGAUAUUGAACCAGCUGCAAGUGAUCACAAGAAGGCCGGGCUCUUUGCUCGUGGGUGGUCAUGGCUUAAGGCUUUACCUGAGAAGUUGAAGGCCAAAGUAGUUGAAGUGGCGAAUAAGGUAAGGAAGAUUGGACAAGAUGACCCAAGAAGGAUUGCCCACGCUCUCAAGGUGGGCCUAGCUCUCACCUUGGUGUCUCUAAUCUACUACUAUAGGCCUCUGUAUGACGGUUUUGGGAUCUCCGGGAUGUGGGCUGUGUUAACUGUGGUCGUGGUAUUCGAAUUCUCUGUUGGUGCAACCUUGGGUAAAGGUCUGAAUAGAGGGUUUGCAACACUUUUAGCUGGUGCUUUAGGAGUUGGAGCUCAUUAUUUGUCGAGUCUCUGUGGAAACAAGGGAGAACCCAUAGUCCUUGGACUCUCAGUUUUUCUACUAGCUGCAGCGUCGACAUUCUCACGAUUCAUUCCUGGAAUCAAGAAAAGAUACGACUACGGGGUGGUGAUAUUUAUAUUAACAUUCAGCUUGGUAUCUGUGUCUGGUUAUAGGGUAGACAAGAUCAUAGAGCUGGCUCACCAGAGAUUGUCGACCAUUGUCAUCGGCAGUCUCAUCUGUGUGAUUAUUUCAUUUUGUAUAAUGCCAGUAUGGGCUGGUGAGGAUCUUCACAAUCUGGUUGCUCAAAACCUGGAAAAACUUGCGACCUUCUUAGAAGGAUUCGGAGGUGAAUUCUUUAAAAAUUUGGACGAUGGGGAGAUUGUAGUGGUCUCAGGAAGUGGCAAGUCAUUAGCCGAUUACUUAAAAAAUUCUGAGGGGGAGACGGGUUCUGUAUCCAAAAGUGACAAGUCAUUUCUUCAAAAGUAUAAAAGUAUUCUUACUUCAAAGGCCACGGAAGACUCCUUGGCUAACUUUGCGAGAUGGGAGCCGGGCCAUGGACGUUUCAAGUUCCGUCACCCAUGGAAGCAGUAUCUCAAUAUUGCAGGAUUAGCACGCCAAUGUGCCUACUUACUUGAAGCUCUUAAUGGCUACAUAAACACUGAGAUCCAAAUUCUACCUGAAUUUCAGAGGAAAAUUCAAGAUGUAUGCGUAACCAUGAGCUCAGAGUCCGGCAAGGCAUUGAUGGAACUAUCUGCAGCGAUCAAAGCAAUGACACAUCCAUCCUUGGCCGACCUCCAUGUGGAGAACUGCAAAAAUGCUGCCAGAGACCUCAAGACCACACUGAAAACUGCACUACUGGAGAAUUCAGACCUCUUAGGGGUCAUACCAUCUGCAACAGUGGCUUCAUUACUAGUAGACGUCGUUGUCUGCACGGAAAAAAUUGCAGAGUCUGUCCACGAGCUUGCCAAGCUAGCACAUUUCAAGACUGUGGAACCCACAGUAACGCCGGAGAAAUCUCAAUUACUUCAUCGAGGAACCGUGAAUCCUCUUGCUGAAACUGAUAGCCCAGAAGUUGUUAUUACAAUAACUGCUGGACCAUCGGAAGCUUUGCCAGAAGGUGCUAAUCCUCGGGCACCAGUGACGGGCAAACACGUACAUGGAAGUGUAAAUAUAUGUGAUUAACACAUAACCAGAUCAUAGAACGCUCAACUUGUAUUAGUAAAUGUUGAGCGACAUGAGUUUAAUUAGUUAGCCGUAGGAUAGUCUGAGAAAUCGGAAAGGGAAUAACCCAUCAACAAAUCUCUUUCUUCUGUAAUAAAUCAUUGCUCUUAUGUAGAGCCACUCAGUGGUUCUUGUUUUAUUUUUCUCUUUUUAAUUAAUUUGA